AUGGUUAUUCCAGAUCUUUCUCUCAUUGAACGUCAGUCUCCGGAUACUCCUCAGUACAAGGAUGUAUCCAACGCAUCUAACCUCCUCGCCAUCCAUGGGACCUUCUGUGGCGUCGCCAUUCUUUCGGUUAUUUUGCGACUCUAUGUGCGAAUAUUUAUGAUUAAAAAUGUUGGGGCUGAUGAUUAUAUCAUUGUGGCAGCUGCGGUUUGUUCUAUCGCCGUAGUCGUCUGCUUUGUGGGAGAAAGCGAAGCGGGUGGGUUGGGUCGCCAUCCCGCCUUGGUGUCCCCGGAAGACUGGUCCUUGUUCAACCACUGGCGAUAUUUCCAUUCGCUCAUCAUCAUGGUCGGAAUCAGCCUGGUCAAAAUUUCCAUUGCCUGUUUCCUUCGCCGUUUCGUGCCGAAUAAGAACUACCGGCGCUUCCUCCUCGGGUCGAUCGUGUUCCUGGUUGCAUUCACCAUUUCGUGUGCGGGCACACUGAUUUUCAAUUGCGGCACGAAGGUCUCGGCCAACUGGGAUUUUGAAUUACGAGCCAGUGGUGAAGCCAAAUGUUUCAGCAAUGCCACAUUCACGAAUAUUGGCAUCUUCAACAGCAGUAUCAAUAUCGCUACGGAUGUUCUUUUUGCGCUGCUUCCCGUUCCCAUUGUGUGGCAGCUGCAAACGAACCUGCGUACUAAAAUCACCUUGGUGUUUAUUCUCUCCUUGGGUCUCUUCGCCUGCGUCGCUAGUAUUGUCAAGACGGUCAUACAGGCUCAUGUCCUCCAAAAUCCGGAUUGGACUUUUCAUGACAGUUUCUUUAUGUGGAACAACAUUGAGUUCAAUAUUGGAAUUCUAGCCGCCUCCUUGCCGGCCCUUCGCCCUCUGUUUUCGAAAAUCCUGGGAGCUACUCAGAGAUUCACCUCGAGCAACAGCCGGAAUCGACAAAACUAUGCCGCUUACGACGCCGAUGGUCUGGCAUAUCGUCGAAGCAAACCGGACAAGCGAACGUCUCGAAAUCCGGCCAGACAAUAUUAUCAGUUCGAUUCUCAACAAUCGACUGAAUUAGGAGAACUUCAAAAAGGGCCGGGUGCGCGUCGGUUCGCAGGUGACCGUAGCCAGACACCGGGGGUAACAAGCACCGAGACCGCGGGUGAUGAUGAUAGUGAUAAGAUCAUGCUGGACCAGGAGUUCCACGCCGUGGGGACGGACAAGGAAUGGACGAAGCCACCGAAAAGCAUUACGAAGACGACCACUGUACAGAUUUCGAGAUAUUAG